AUGCCGUCUGUAUCAACCGACUAUAUCAGCGUGGGAGGAAACCGACACCCCGGCUCGGCUGAUUGGGAUGUCCAGACAGGUGUACUAGCCUACGGCGCAGACAAUAAUGUAGCCUUGUGGAAGCCUCUGGAUGCCUCUUGUCGAGGCGUGUAUGCCCUCCUCGUAGGUCAUUCCGACAAAGUCAGCAUAAUAAGAUUUUACACAUGCCGUUCCACUGGAACGAGGUUCCUUCUUACCGGCUCCGUCGACAGAACAGUUCGAGUAUGGCGGGAAGAUUCUGCCGCCUUGGGUCAUUACAGACAUGUCUCUACACUGGAGGGACACACGGGGUCAGUGAAUGCACUUGCGGUGGCCGACGGCUCAGACGUUGUUGCAACUGGAGCUUCCGACGGAACGAUGCGCACUUGGAGACUGAAAGUCAAUGCGCAGGGUGAAUUGGAGAGCGAGUUGCUUGAAACAAUCACAAUGAAGCCGCGAUUUUUCCCGUUAUCACUAGCUCUGCGCGUGCUCGAGGGUGACCAGGGAAAGUCGCUGGUAUUGGCCGUCGCGGGGACUACCACCGCAGUGCAUAUCUACGUUGCGGAGACCUCUGACAGGCCAACCUUCCAACGUCGCGCCAUACUAUCCGGUCACGAGGCUUGGGUCAGAUCUCUCUCGUUCACGCAAGACUCACAAAGCAGCACUAACGAUAUCUUGCUGGCUUCGGCCAGUCAGGACAAAUACAUUCGGCUAUGGCGACUGCGCCGCGGUGAAGUAGAGAUUUCUGCACCCGUGGAGGAUGACGCGGAUCCUCUUCUGGGCGGUCUGGAGCCAACGCUAUCUAACAAGGCCCAUGAAUUCGAAGCAGCUGGAUCCAAAUUCUCAAUUACCUUCGAAGCCCUGCUCUUUGGAAACGAAGACUGGAUUUACACGGCAAGAUGGAACCCCGACCCAAACCGGUCGCAGCUUCUAUCAGCUUCUGCCGACAAUACAGUCACGAUCUGGGAACAAGACCCAUUAUCUGGUGUGUGGAUGUCAGUGGAGAGAAUGGGUGAGAUCAGUGUGCAAAAGGGAUCCACUACAGCUACUGGUAGUACUGGCGGCUUCUGGAUUGGACUCUGGGCCCCCGAUGGCAAGAAGGUUGUCAGCUUGAGCCGGACAGGCAGCUGGAGAAUAUGGGAACAUGAUACCGAUGCGGACAUCUGGGUACAAAAGUUCGGUAUUUCAGGACAUGUGCGUUCCGUCAAUGGAGUGCAAUGGGAGCCGAGCGGUGGUUAUUUGCUUUCUACCAGUUCCGACCAGACCACGCGUCUUCAUGCUCAAUGGAAGCGAGAGGACAAGUGCUCGUGGCAUGAAUUUUCCCGUCCUCAAAUUCAUGGAUACGACCUGAAUUGCGUCGAUACCUUGGGACCGUUGCAAUUCGUGACUGGCGCCGACGAAAAAUUGUUGCGAGUUUUCAAUGAACCUAAGCAGAUCGUGGAGUUGCUUGAGAAGUUGACUGGCUUCAAGCAGACAGUUGAAGGCGAGCUGCCGGAUACCGCUGAGAUCCCGGUCUUGGGUCUGUCAAACAAAGCUCAUGGUGAUGAGGCUCCAGUGGAGGAUGAGGAUGAGGAAGUCAGCACCCCGCGUGUAGCUGCAAACACCUUGUUAGCCGAAACUCCACCGCUUGAAGAUCAGCUAGCACGAUAUACCUUGUGGCCGGAACACGAGAAGCUCUAUGGCCACGGUUACGAAAUCUCUGCUGUUGCCGUCAGCCAUGAUCGCAGGCUCAUUGCCACUGCCUGCAAAGCCACAUCACUAGAUCACGCCGUGAUUCGCUUGUACGAUACCUGCGACUGGCACGAGAUCAAACCUUCACUUGCAGCACAUACGCUGACCAUCGCGGACCUGUCAUUCUCUGAUGAUGACCGUUACCUUCUUAGUGUGGGCCGAGACCGACAGUGGGCUGUCUUCGUGCGAAGUGUUCAGGACCCGACCACCUUCAACAAAUACGCAUCAAACCCCAAGGGUCACUCCAGAAUGAUUUUUGGUGCAGCCUGGGCACCUUAUACAGCCACACAGCCAGUCUUUGCCACGGCAGGCCGCGACAAAUCCGUCAAGAUUUGGCAAAAAGCCGAGGACGAAGAGAGUUUCCUCUGCCAAAGCACUAUUGCACUGACAUCCGCGGUCUCGGCAAUUGCUUUCUUAUCUUCUCCGUACAAAAAUUCGUUUUUCCUCGCAGCGGGCGAAGAUGGCGGUGCUAUUUCCAUCCACCGAGUCGACAUUCAGAGUCUGGAAGCUCAGCAUGUUGUCAGCAUCGAUCCGCUUAUUGCACCAUCAAGGGCAAUUACUCAGCUGUCAUGGCGACCAGUACCUACCGCCGACGCGGAUAGUCUCGAGCGAUUUGAACUGGCUGUUGCGAGUGAAGAUACAUCAACGCGCAUUUAUACCAUUUCAAACAUAGCAUGA